GGGGGACUGUUUGUUUUUAGAGGACGAAAAGAACAGAAUUCCUCAGUUGCAGUCGUUGCCCUCCUUCUCGCUUCUGGACCAAUCUCCUCUCAAUCGAUCCGAUCCCACCGCUGCCUCUGCCUGAAUCACAAGAUCUGCUACGAUUUGGUUUUGUUUACGCCUGGGAGACUAGCUUAGAUCAAACAAACUUUCAAAAGUUUUAUGUAUACUCUGUGUGAAAUGGCUUCCUGGGCUAUAUCAGGAAGAAAGACAUCUUCAGUGCAUUGGGUUUUGUUCUUGGUAUUUCUCUUUGCCCAUGAAGGCAGAGGGUUUUAUCUUCCGGGCAGCUAUAUGCAUACAUACUCAACAGGCGAACCUAUAUUAGCUAAAGUGAAUUCCUUGACAUCUAUUGAGACUGAACUUCCUUUCAGCUAUUAUAGUCUCCCCUACUGCAAACCCGCUGAGGGAAUAAAGAAAAGUGCUGAGAAUCUUGGAGAGCUCCUUAUGGGUGAUCAAAUUGACAACUCGCCUUAUCGGUUCCGGAUGAAUGUCAAUGAGACUAUCUACCUCUGCACUACAAGUCCUUUGAAUGAGCAUGACGUAAAGCUUUUAAAACAGAGAACUCGGGAUCUGUAUCAAGUGAACAUGAUUCUAGAUAACUUGCCUGCAAUGAGGUUUGCCAAGCAAAAUGGGGUUAACAUCCAAUGGACUGGAUUUCCAGUUGGGUAUACGCCCCCACAAAGUAAUGAUGAUUACAUCAUCAAUCACCUCAAGUUCAGAGUUUUGGUUCACGAGUACGAGGGGAGUGGUGUGGAGAUAAUUGGCACUGGGGAAGAAGGUAUGAACGUAAUUUCUGAUUCUGAUAAGAAAAAGGCAUCUGGAUUUGAAAUAGUUGGUUUUGAAGUUUAUCCUUGCAGUGUGAAAUUUAACCCUGAGGUGAUGUCCAAACACAACAUGUAUGACAAUCUCACAUCUGUUAGCUGCCCAACAGAAAUCGAAAAGUCUCAAAUAAUUAGGGAGCUAGAGAGGGUAUCAUUCACUUAUGAGGUUGAAUUUGUGAAAAGCAAUAUUAAAUGGCCAUCUAGAUGGGAUGCUUAUCUGAAGAUGGAAGGUGCCCGUGUCCACUGGUUCUCAAUCCUAAACUCUCUAAUGGUGAUUUUUUUUCUAGCUGGUAUUGUGUUUGUUAUAUUUUUAAGGACAGUGCGAAGGGAUUUAACGAGGUAUGAAGAAUUGGACAAAGAAGCACAAGCACAGAUGAAUGAGGAGCUUUCUGGAUGGAAGCUUGUUGUGGGAGAUGUGUUUAGAGAACCAGAUUGCUCGAAGCUACUCUGCGUAAUGAUUGGUGAUGGGGUUCAGAUUACAGGCAUGGCGGUUGUCACUAUUGUUUUUGCUGCCCUGGGAUUCAUGUCACCAGCCUCCCGAGGAAUGCUACUCACAGGGAUGAUAAUUCUUUAUCUUUUCCUGGGGAUUUUUGCUGGGUAUGUUGGCGUACGUCUAUGGAGAACUAUCAAAGGAACUUCGGAAGGAUGGAGGUCGGUUUCCUGGUCGGUUGCAUGCUUCUUUCCGGGGACCGUUUUUGUUAUUCUUACUGCAUUGAAUUUCAUUCUCUGGGGCAGCAAGAGUACGGGUGCUAUUCCCAUUUCCUUGUAUUUUAUACUCUUGUCCCUCUGGUUCUGCAUUUCUGUGCCACUGACACUCUUGGGGGGAUUCUUGGGAACGCAAUCUGAGCCUAUUCAAUACCCUGUGAGAACUAACCAGAUCCCUAGAGAAAUCCCUGCACGCAAAUAUCCAUCGUGGCUGCUUGUUCUUGGUGCAGGGACCCUUCCUUUUGGAACCCUCUUCAUUGAACUUUUUUUCAUUCUGUCCAGCAUCUGGCUUGGAAGGUUUUAUUAUGUGUUCGGUUUCCUACUUGUUGUCCUUCUGUUGCUGGUUGUUGUUUGUGCUGAAGUGUCUGUGGUCCUCACCUACAUGCAUCUCUGCGUGGAGGACUGGCGGUGGUGGUGGAAGGCUUUCUUUGCUUCCGGGUCUGUUGCCCUCUAUGUGUUCCUAUACUCCAUUAAUUACUUGGUUUUUGACCUACAGAGUUUAAGUGGACCAGUUUCUGCUAUACUUUAUCUUGGAUAUUCUUUGAUUAUGGCAAUUGCGAUCAUGUUGUCUACUGGCACCAUUGGUUUCCUUAUCUCUUUCUACUUCGUCCAUUACCUUUUCUCAUCAGUAAAGAUUGACUAAAAGUUACCUCUGGUCCUUUUCAUUGGCCAGUUGAAGACUUCCAGCCUGUAAGAGAAGGUUCUCUUAGUCAAUGUUUUGCUUUUACUAAAUUCCCUUCUGUAGCUGAUCAUACUGCAAUAGGUCAGACAACUCUCAGAUUGUUUGCUGACUGCAUUGCAGGCCUGUUAUAUUUUCCAUGCUUCUUGAGGUUAGAGGACUCAAUAGUUCUAAAGUUGUGAUUUUACUAUGUUAAUUUCUUUGUGUUCUGGAGUUUUUUGGUCUAGUUUUGAGCUACAAACAGAUCAUGUCUCACGUAUUAUUCAACUUGUUCUGGAAAUUUGUAAUUGGUUGAACUUUCUAUCCUUGUAUCGUCUUUCACUUUAUCAUUGAAAAGAAAAGUAGAUUAAAUGGC